AUGAUUGUGGACUUCAGGAAGAGCACUGUCCCCCCGCCCCCACCCUCCGUGAUGGACUCCCCCAUCACCUCUGUGGAGUCCUUCCGUUUCCUGGGCACCACCAUCACCCAGGACCUCAAUCCAUCCUCACCUCCUCCAUCACCUCCUCCAUCACCUCCUCCAUCACCUCCUCAUCACCUCCUCCAUCACCUCCUCCAUCACCUCCUCAUCACCUCCUCCAUCACCUCCUCCAUCACCUCCUCAUCACCUCCUCCAUCACCUCCUCCAUCACCUCCUCCAUCACCUCCUCAUCACCUCCUCCAUCACCUCCUCCAUCACCUCCUCAUCACCUCCUCAUCACCUCCUCCAUCACCUCCUCCAUCACCUCCUCCAUCACCUCCUCAUCACCUCCUCCAUCACCUCCUCAUCACCUCCUCCAUCACCUCCUCCUCACCUCCUCCAUCACCUCCUUAUCACCUCCUCCAUCACCUCCUCCUCACCUCCUCCAUCACCUCCUCCAUCACCUCCUCCAUCACCUCCUCCUCACCUCCUCCAUCACCUCCUCCAUCACCUCCUCAUCACCUCCUCCUCACCUCCUCCAUCACCUCCUCAUCACCUCCUCCAUCACCUCCUCCAUCACCUCCUCAUCACCUCCUCCAUCACCUCCUCCAUCACCUCCUCAUCACCUCCUCCAUCACCUCCUCCAUCACCUCCUCCAUCACCUCCUCAUCACCUCCUCCAUCACCUCCUCCAUCACCUCCUCAUCACCUCCUCCAUCACCUCCUCCAUCACCUCCUCUCAUCACCUCCUCUCACCCCUCACCUCCUCCAUCACCUCCUCAUCACCUCCUCCAUCACCUCCUCCAUCACCCAUCCUCCUCAUCACUCCAUCACCUCCUCCAUCAUCACCUCCUCCAUCACCUCCUCCAUCACCUCCUCAUCCUCCUCCAUCACCUCCUCCAUCACCUCCUCCAUCACCUCCUCAUCACCUCCUCAUCACCUCCUCAUCACCUCCUCCAUCACCUCCUCAUCACCUCCUCCAUCACCUCCUCCAUCACCUCCUCAUCACCUCCUCCAUCACCUCCUCCUCACCUCCUCCAUCACCUCCUCCAUCACCGUGUGGUUCCUGGAGCCACAGUCAGGGACAAACAGAGACUACAGUGCACUGCAGAGGAACUGA